AUGGAUAAAUAUUCGAAAAUUCGCAACAUCGGGAAAGGGACCAUGGGUGCAUGUGCUCUUGCCCUAAACAAUGUCGAUGGAAACUACUACGUAAUUAAGCAGGUGGAUCUGAGGCGGAUGAGUAAAAAAGAGCGGCGUCAGAGCCUCAACGAGGCCCGUCUACUUAGCCAUCUGCGCCAUCCGAACAUUAUCGAUUACGUGGAUAGCUUUCUAGCCAAAAAAUCGGACCACCUUUGUAUUGUAAUGGAGUACGCUGAGGGUGGUGAUCUUAAGUCUCGUAUAAAGGGGAGAUGUGGUAACAAUUUUGGUGAAAAUCAGAUCUUAGACUGGUUUAUACAGCUUGCUCUAAGCUUGCAUUAUGUACAUCAACUCAAGAUACUCCAUCGUGAUGUUAAAACCCAAAACGUCUUUCUCACGAGUGAGGACGUGAUUAAAUUGGGGGACUUUGGCAUUGCGCGAAUGCUAAAUGGCACCUAUGACCAGGCUCAAACAUUCGUAGGAACGCCGUAUUAUCUGUCGCCUGAGCUGCUUCUCGAGCGGCCCUAUGAUCACCAAAGUGAUGUGUGGGCACUUGGGGUCGUCCUUUAUGAAAUGCUGACAUUCAAGCAACCGUUUAGUGCAGGUGAUAUGAAAGGGCUCAUGCAGCGCAUUCUCAAAGUGCAGUAUGAACCCAUCUCCACUGCGUACUCUGUGGAGUUGAGGAACAUUGUGAAGCAACUUUUGAUGAAGGAUCCAUCACAGCGUAUGAAGCUGAGCGAUGUUUUAGAGCUUCCCAUAGUGCAGCAGCGGCUACGAGCGUGGCUUCAGGACAAUGUACUUCCUGCAAAAUACAUAGGGGCGCUUCUUAAGAGAAACUUGCUUCCCGAGUCAGUGAUGCGCGCAGCUCCGCGGCCACAAACACCUAUUAGGGCCGCAAAAUUAUGCACCUCACUCGAAGAUAGCGCUGGAGACUCAACUAAAGCCUACAUAUUGCCACCGAUCUUGCCGCAACCACCACCUUUGGGGGGGGUACCACCCCACAAGUCGGAUCACGGUACCACCGACACUGUAGCUCCGACAGGGGAGAUCUGCGCGACGUCGGAAGCGCCGAAAUGUGUAGGCUCUAACGCGGAGUCGCACAAUCCGGGAGGCGGGAUUGGCAACACCACGCGACCAUCAGCAAUUUUGCCAACCUUCGCAAAUAAACUGAAUGCAGCUCCAACACCUCAACCGGCUUGCAAUAGGUUUCAUCCAUCAACCCGCAAUACCGAUUCUUCCCAGCAUAACCCUAGUAGCCUAGAUGGUUUCUAUCAUGAACUUCUAUGCUACCAACGGCGCCCGAGGAAGGAGCACCAACAAACACCAUCCUCACAGCAGCAGCGGGUCCUUGCCGACGUCAGUAGGUCUCGUGAUUCACGCCGUGCGUGUAGUGAGGGUUUGCCAUGGUACUUACCAAGCCAACCCCUGUUGUACCCUAAGUCUUCACCUGCACCCGUUUCUACGAAUAUGGAUGUAGACAGCAACGCAGGCAGGUCCGCCGGGGCUCCUCAGCAUCCUUCCUCAAACAUGCUUCCGAAUCCGAGCGCGAGCAAAAAGUCAAACGUUGGGGCUCCAGUCGUUACUUCAACGCGUCUCAACCCAUUGUUCUGGCCUCGAUACAGCAAGAAAACGAAUAACCUCGUUGAGAGAAAGGCUCCUUUAGAUCUUUUGUAUCCUAAUCCCCCUAUAAGCACACCGAAUAUAGAUAUUAGAGCACUGCUUCAGAAGGCAGCCUUAGAAAGGGCACAACGUAGACUCAAAGGGGCAUUUUAG